GUCAGCCCCCUUGUCAGUUGUCAGAUCAUCAUCGGGUAUCCUGCUUUGUUUUACAGGAACAGACAUUAAUGGCUUAUCAAAUUGGUUUUGAUCUGUAUGACAGCGCUUCACAACAUUUCUUAUCAAAAGUUUUGGCAGCACUGCGUUCGGUUGCCCCCAUCCCGUUGGCAGCUGAAGCACCUUAUACCGAAAAAGAAAGUGAAGCAAUGGAUGUAGAUUCUUCAACAAAAACAGAGAAUGAAACAACACCAGAGACGCCAAAACCAAAGCAGUUGACUGAAGAAGAAAAAUCACAUCAAGCCAAACUGGAGAAAUUAGCAGCCAUUUUAUCUGGAGAAACAAGCAUUGGUUUAAAGUUACAAUUCCUAAUAAGGAGUAAUCAUACAGAUCUCCUUAUCCUAAAAAAUACAAAG